AUGCCACCCAAAGGAAAAAGGGAUUUUGGAGAAGAGGGGGAUGUAGGAGCAGCCUCUGGGAAUGACAGUUCUGACAAGGAGUCUUGGGGUCCCAAAGAUGGUGGCAAUGUAGUAAAGAUCAAACACAUUCUGUGUGAAAAACAUGGAAAAAUCAUGGAAGCCUUGGAAAAGGCACUUGCCUUGCCUGUAAGUGGGUUGGACAAGCCUUUGUUUAUAGUCACUCUGGUUAAGAAAAAAAAAAAGUGCAUAUAUUAUUAUGGUUGA